UUCUUGACAGGUCAAAAGAAAAGCAGCUGCCGGCAGAAUGGAUUUCAACUCAUGGAACAUCUUCUGGAAAGCAUGUUUCGCUUCGUUAGCGACUUUGAUCGUUGUAGGAAAUGUUCUCACUAUUUGGAUAUUCCUCAAGCAGAGACGUCACAAGCGAGCUUUCUCUCUUCUCAUUAGCUUAGCUAUAGCCGAUGUGUUGGUUGGGAUUUUGGCCAUCCCACUUUUUUUAAAAGUAAUGGUAUCGGAGGGAUAUGCAUGGUACGUGAUUUCCAUCGAUGCCGACGUAUUAACAGGCACAACGUCCAUCUACACUCUCGCUGUCAUUUCCCUGGAGAGAAUGUUCGCCGUUGGUUGGCCUCUCCGUCACAGAACUAUAAACUUCCAUGUUUACAUCUGCGCUAUUAGCAUGCCGUGGAUCAUAGCGGUAAUGUUUACCACUUUGAUGGUGUUUCAGCAGUUUGAUAUGAUAGGAAGGAGGAAACUCUCUUACAUUAUUCCUUUAAUUUGUGGAAUCCCUUUGUUAACUACGUGUGUAGCAAACAUUGUUGUUUGGAAGAAGCAACAAACGCCAUUUCGCAACCAGAAUCACAUUAAAAGAGAAGUGAAAUUGGCGAAGACACUAGCUCUCAUAACAGCAACAUCACUCUUAACAUGGCUUCCUUUUCAAAUUAUGAACAUUUUGUUUGAAUUGAAGGUCAUGGCAAAUUUCCAUCAUAUGGGGUUAACAGUGUUUAUUAUCAAACUUUUACAGUUUAGCAAUUCAUUUGUGAACGUGAUAAUUUAUCCGUUCAGAAUCCCAGAAUUUAAGAGAACUUUAUUUCAGAUACUUAAUUUUCGUGUAAUUCCCUUUUCAAGAUCCAGCGCUGAUUUAUCUCCACAAGCUGGGACCGAAUCAGAUGUGUCCUUGAUGAGAGUGACAAAUUCGACGUUUCCACUGUCAAACGUUCACCAGUAAAGUUCACUUUAGAACCUUUCGUUUUAAUCAGGAAUGUAGACUGGUAGACAAAGUUACAUUAGAUGUGGAAUAUCAAAUCAUGCGGUCAAACACUGCUUUAAUAUUAAGUGGCGCUAGCUGCGAAAAGGACACCAGAUGUCUUAAUCAUUAAUUUAUAAAUAUUCCUAUUAUGCUGUUAAGAAAACUGAUAUUUCCUAUUCAAGUUCUGGCUUCAAGUGCAGUUUUUCAGUGUUUCAUAUUAUUACAUAUUAUUAUAUGGCUGUG